CCAUUUAGAGAGCGUCGACUGCACUGCACUACCGAUUAAUCUGUAUAAAUAGGCAAGUCCGGAGUGCAGUUCUAUGUCAAAUCGUUGCAAACCAUCGACAAAACAAAAUGUUCAAGCUGUGCGUCUUCGUUGCUCUCCUCAGCCUGGCUGCUGCUGCCCCAGCUCCUGCUCCCGUGCCUGCUCCUGCCCCAGGAUUGAUUGGCCCCGGACUGGUUGCCCCCGGAAUCUGGGGACCCACCGUCGUUGGAGCGCCCCUUGUGGCUCCCGGCGUUGUGAGCGUUGUGCCUGGUGCCAUUUCGCAUGCCGCCAUCACCCAGGUGCAUCCUUCUCCGCUGCUGGUCAAGAGCGUCCACGGCUUGGGCCCAGUUGUGAUUGGUUAAGAGCCGCCGGAGAUCCUGCCACCCAUGUAUAUCUCACCCACACGCCAGCCAUUCAGCUCCUGUUCAACCCAAGCAUUUUCCCGCGGAAUCACUUCGAUCACGCAUCCCGUGCCCUGUUUAUAGAAGGAAAGAAAGCAAGUCCAGCAAUGAGAACAAAAAAUCACAAAAAAAUGUUUAGACACUAAAAUACAUUCCAAGCAAUAAAUUACCUACCAUACUUGUUAUAGUGAGCGAAAA